AUGGAGAAUAAUAUCCACCGGAAAAUCUCUCGUCUCUUCCCCAUCCCAUGCCGAUUAACCGCCGUCUCCGACGUCAUUCAACACUCCAUUGUCGCCGCCGGCGUCAAAACCAGAUCACAACCCAAAAGAUCAUCAUCAUCUUCAGUACCCAUAAUCAAAGAACCCACAAAAACCCUCAUGCCCGAAGAUUCAAAAGAUAAAACCCAGUUCAUAUUAUCCUCCGAUUCAUCCUGCCGGUGCCGGAGAAGUCGCCGGAACUCUGAAACAUGUCAUGAAAAGCCAAGUUCUUCGUCGUCGGCGGCGGCGGCGGCGAGAAGAAGGAAGGUUGAGGAGAGUUAUGUGGUGGCGAAAACAUCGAGAGAUCCUUAUAGGGAUUUUAGGGAAUCAAUGGUGGAGAUGAUUGUGGAGAAGAAGAUAAAAGGUGCAGAGGAUUUGGAGAAAUUGCUUGAGAGUUUUUUGGGAUUGAAUGAUUCUUAUUAUCAUCAAGUUAUUCUUCAUGCUUUUUCUGAUAUUUGUGAAGCUCUUUUCUCUCUUUCAUGAAUCUUGUUUCUUAUUAUUAUGUUUGAAUUAGAAU